AGCUGAGGAAAAUUGCUGCUGAGACAGUUUUGGCACGUAUUACAGAGCUUGUUAAAGAGACUCUUGCCACUGAUGAUUCAUAUGCGUCUGCUUCUACUUUGUCCCAUAAUGAUUCAUAUGCGUCUGAAAAUAAAUUGUGAAGCGACGCUGAUUCAUAUGCGUCUGAUGAUUCAUAUGCGUCUGAAAAUAAAUUGUUUUUGUUUUUUUGAUAGUAAAUGCGGAGCUGAAUUGGAUGUGUGAUAUAUGCUAUGUGGAGGUUUCUUCGGUACGGGAGAGUAGAUCAGAUGAUAAGAGGUUUUCCAUAUUCACUGGCACCAAGAGGCUCCACUUGCGAGCAGAGACGCGAGAGGACUGAGCAACCUGGGUUGAGGCACUGCUAGCUAUCAAAGAUAUGUUUCCAAGGAUGUCUAACAGUGAAUUGAUUGCUCCGAUCGACAAUUUGACCAUGUCCACGGAGAAGCUCCGGCAACGGUUGGUUGAUGAAGGAGUUAGUGAGUUAGCUAUUCAGGACUGUGAGCAAAUUAUGAGGUCUGAGUUCUCAGCACUUCAGAGCCAGUUGGUGCUUCUCCAUGAAGAUCUGGAGAACACAGUUGUAGAUGAGAGUCAAAGACACACUGAAAAUGAAGGUCCCAAUGAUUUAAGAAAUGAGAAGUUCAGUGAAGGGACUGCCACUGAAUCUGAUGAUGAGAAUGAACGAGGUGAUGCAGAAACGGAUGAGGAAGACCACUUUUUUGAUACACGUGACUUUCUUUCUUCAAGUUCUUUCAAGAGCAGUAGUUCUGGCUUUCGUACCUCUUUGUUUUCUUCUGAUGAUGAUGGCUUUGGGUCAGAAGAUGAUAUUGAUCCUUCCAUCAAGUCUGUUGGAUUCAACUAUCCGCGCGUCAAAAGGAGGAAGAGUUUACCUGAUCCUGUUGAAAAAGAGAAAAGUGUUAGCCUUUGGUCAAUGAUCAAAGACAAUAUAGGCAAAGAUCUCACAAAAGUUUGUCUACCUGUUUACUUCAACGAGCCACUAUCUUCCCUACAGGAGUGUUUUGAGGAUUUGGAAUAUUCAUACCUUCUUGAUCGAACAUUUGAAUGGGGCAAAAGGGGAAAUACCCUCAUGAGGAUUCUUAAUGUCGCUGCUUUUGCUGUAUCUGGGUAUGCAUCAACCGAAGGAAGAAUCUGCAAACCUUUUAACCCAGUGCUAGGUGAAACAUACGAGGCAGAUUAUCCAGACAAAGGACUUCGAUUUUUCUCCGAAAAGGUCAGUCAUCAUCCUAUGGUUGUGGCAUGCCAUUGCGAUGGUACGGGAUGGAAAUUCUGGGCAGACAGCAAUCUGAAGAGUAAGUUUUGGGGUCGGUGGAUUCAGCUUGAUCCUGUUGGUGUGUUGACUCUGCAAUUUGAUGAUGGAAAAAUCCUUCAGUGGAGUAAGGUGACUACAUCGAUAUACAAUCUCAUACUUGGUAAACUUUACUGUGAUCACUAUGGUACUAUGCGUAUUGAAGGAAGUGCUGAAUACUCUUGUAAACUUAAAUUCAAAGAGCAGUCGAUCAUUGACCGAAAUCCUCACCAGGUUCAUGGUAUAGUUCAAGACAAGAGUGGGAAAACAAUGGCAACGAUGUUUGGGAAAUGGGAGGAGAGCAUGCACUAUGUGAUGGGUGAUUGUUCUGGGAAGGGGAAAUUGAGCGAAGAUAUGUCAGGAGCUCAACUUCUCUGGAAAUGGAGCAAACCCCCUGGAAACGCAACAAAGUAUAAUCUAACACGUUUCGCAGUCACGCUGAACGAGCUAACACCUGGGAUGAAGGAGAAGCUGCCACCAACAGAUUCAAGGCUGAGACCAGACCAGAGGUAUCUGGAAAACAGUGAGUUUGAAAUGGCCAACACAGAGAAGUUGCGGCUGGAACAGCGACAACGUCAGGCUAGAAAGAUGCAGGAGAGAGGAUGGAAGCCGAGGUGGUUCACGAAAGAGAAAGGAAGCGAGGCUUACCGAUACAAAGGAGGGUACUGGGAAGCCCGCGAGAGAGGAUCAUGGGAUAACUGUCCAGAUAUCUUCGGCCACAUCGAUUCCGAUCAACAAAUUGAGUAAAUAAGCACAAGUUUCAGUUCUGGUCUCAUUGAUUCUUAAACCACAAAAUCUUCGUCUUCCUCCUUUCCUUUCAUUAUAGGCUGUGAUAUGUAUUUAAGGGUGGAAAAAGGUGAAAAAAUAGGUGGAAUAUGAAGGAAAAGAAAAAGCAAAAUUCAGAGUAAGAGUUUUCUUCUGGCAAAUGUAAGAGGAAUAAAUUACCCUACGUUUACUCUCUUUUGGCUUUUACUCUCUUUUGGCGUAAAUAGGAGAAAAACAAGUUUUAUCUGAUUGGACAAAAAGUGGAAUAACUGAGCUAAAGUACCUUUUACUCUGUUUAUUUAUCCUCUAUUGUGAUUAUCAAUCACACUCAUAGUUUUGGUAUU